AUGGCCAUGAUUCAGACAGCCCAACGCCAUCCGAGGGAGCUUUCCACAAAACCACCGACGAUCAGGGCCACGCAAGGUCCGAUCCGAGGCAGUGCAAUAGCCAAAGCCAUAGCUGUGCCUCUUUCUACCUUUGGCGAAAAAUUCUUUGAUGAUGCUUGGAGCGGGGGUGAGACUGGUGAUUCCCAUGCCAUUCAUAAAGCGAAAGGCCUGCAGCAUGGACACGUUGAUGCUCAAAGUGGCUGCGACGGAGCAGAGAACGACGAUAAUAUUGUUACCGUGAUAAACAAUACUCUAACCAUACAGCUCUGA